CCACUACCGGGUACACAAACGCUGCAUGUCGGCGAGCAGCAGGCGGCGACAGGCAGGCAAGCGAAGGCCGCGUCUUCCUUCCAGUCAAGCGCCCUCCCCAUUCUCGGUCGGAAAUAUCCGUCGCGGAUUGGUGGCGGCGCUUGUCAAUCACCGAUUACGCCUUCACUGCUAUGCUGGUGGUGGGCGGGCUCUGCUGAGAAAAUUAUAAGGUCAUUGGAAUUACGCCUGCUAUCGGCGUUUUAUCAGGCACAAUGGGGCGGGAAAUGAUAUCACGGACCGGGAUCGUGGACGAGUGAUGCUCGCCGGGUCAAAGUCGACGUCGACAGCAGGGCGAAUUUCAUGAAGAGGGUGGGGGGGAGAUCCCGGUGCGUGUAUCCGACUGCGCGCCUCUCCUAGCGCCGCUAUCAAGCCGACAGUGAGAGGCGGAGAAGGGCACCGACCAUCAGGCUGGCCUCUAAGCCGAUCAGGGAGCUUCUUCGUCUGGGAUUUCUUCUUCUUUGCACCUUCCAUGCUGUGACCGGACCAGGAUGCUUCGUCUAGCGUGUUGCACGGCCCUGCUGUUGGUCUUGAGACUGGUAGUGCGCCUGCCGUGGCUCCAGGUUCUGCCUGCCAUCCUCAUCUUUUACCUGGGAAGCGGAGGAUGGCGCUUCCUGCGUAUCUUCGCCAAAACCAUCGGCCGAGACUUGCACGCUGCUGCAGUGUUGUUGCGGGUCAAGAUGAACGUCAAGCGCCACCUACGGGAGAAGAACACCCUUCCCGCCAUCUUCGCCGAGACGGUGCGUCGUCACAGGGACAAAACAGCGCUCAUCUUUGAAGGCACCGGCGAGAGGUGGACCUUCCGGCAGCUGGACGAGUACUCCAACCGAGUGGCCAACCUGCUGCUCCAGCGCGGCUUCAAAGAGGGCGACGUGGUGGCCCUCUUCAUGGAGAACAGGUCCCAGUAUGUGGGGCUCUGGCUUGGCAUGGCCAAAAUCGGCGUGGAGGCCGCACUCAUCAACUUUAACUUGAGACUGGAGGCCUUGGUGCACUGCGUUACCAUUUCUAACGCUAAGGCUGUGGUGUUUGGAGCCGAGCUGACUGACGCUGUGUCUGAAGUCCACGCUUCAAUGGGCAAGACGGUGCAGACGUUUUGCUCCGGAGACUGGGACCCCAAGCGGGUGCCACGGGGCACAGAGUGCCUGGAGCCGCUGCUGGCCGCCGCCCCUUCACACCUGCCCAGUCGAACACAGCGCUGCUUCACGGAUCGCCUCUUCUACAUCUACACGUCCGGAACCACCGGGAUGCCCAAAGCUGCCAUUGUUGUGCACAGCAGGUACUACCGCAUGGCCGCUUUGGUGUAUUACGGCUUCAGGAUGACAUCGGAUGACGUCUUGUAUGAUUGCCUUCCACUCUACCACUCUGCAGGUAACAUUGUGGGAGUGGGCCAGUGUCUAAUCCACGGCAUGACUGUGGUCAUCAGAAAGAAGUUCUCCGCCUCGCGCUUCUGGGACGACUGCGCCAAAUACAACUGCACCAUUGUGCAGUACAUCGGAGAGAUUUGCCGCUACCUGCUCAACCAGCCGGUCCGCGACACAGAGAAGCGGCACCGCGUGCGCAUGGCGCUGGGUAACGGCCUCCGUCAGUCCAUAUGGGAGGAAUUCAUGACGCGCUUCAACAUUCCGCAGAUUGCCGAGUUCUACGGAGCAACCGAGUGCAACUGCAGCCUAGGGAACUUUGACAACAAGGUUGGCGCAUGUGGCUUCAACAGCCAAAUCCUGCCCUUCAUCUACCCCAUCAGACUGGUGCGGGUGGACGAAGAGACCAUGGAGCUCAUCCGAGGGCCGGACGGCGUCUGCAUUCCCUGUAAACCCGGCGAGCCUGGUCAGCUGGUGGGCAGGAUCAUUCAGAACGACCCUCUACGGAGGUUCGACGGCUACGUCAACCAGUCGGCCACCAGCAAGAAGAUCGCUCACAGCGUCUUUAAGAAGGGAGACAGCGCGUAUCUUUCUGGCGAUGUGCUGAUCAUGGAUGAGUGUGGCCACAUGUACUUCAAGGACAGGACAGGAGACACGUUCCGCUGGAAAGGCGAGAACGUCUCCACCACUGAGGUGGAGGGGACGCUCAGCAGGCUUCUCGACAUGAAAGACGUGGUGGUCUACGGCGUGGAAGUACCCGGCGCAGAAGGGAAGGCUGGGAUGGCUGCCAUCGCCGAUCCCAAUCACUCCUCGGACCUGGAGAAGUUUGUGAAGGAGCUGGACAAGGCUCUGCCUCCGUACGCCAGGCCCGUCUUCCUGCGCUUUCUCCCGGAAGUCAACAAAACCGGAACCUUUAAGUUCCAGAAGACAGACCUACGUCAUGAGGGCUUCGACCCCAGAGUGGUGUCUGACACGCUGUACUUCCUGGACUCCAGCAGGGGGCGCUACGUGCGGCUGGACGAGGAGAUGCACCGCUCCAUACUUUCAGGGAAACAUAAAUUGUGACGAGCAAACGUUCCCGCGACAUCUGCGGUACGCUUACGUGCAACACAAACAGAUGAAAAUAGCCAGGAAAUGAAAUGAAGAAAUAGCCACAUGCAUUCCACGACCUCAAACCCACAUUUCGGCGAUACUCCACAAGCAGCUCUCCCGCCAUCCCUCCUACGUGGCGCCCCCCUCUGGCUACCUCAGCUAACACACGCAUACGCACCGACACCAACCCAGCAACCGCGUCCCUCUGGGAGCUUGAACGCAACCACCAGAACCACACUGACACACUCCAGUGCGCACUGGAGGCUGCCUGGGGCCUACACAGACUUAAAGGAGAGGGACUGGGUUGGUGAAGACCUAAAGUCUCUUGUUUAGUUAGUCUUUGACUCAGUUUGGCAACGAGGCUGCAACCUGCACUAUACGCCAACAAUGGCAACGUCGCUGCAGCCUCCCUCUCGUCUCGUCUUUGGCCAACAUGUGGAGAAGACAUCAAGUGUUGAAGGGUCACUCCAAAACACAAACAACUCGCAGCUGAUAUGAAUCAAAACCAGCUUUUCUGUUCCAAUAUGUUGCGUCACACCACAUAUAUUUAGUUUACAUAUUUAAGGAAUCGUUUUGCGUUAUUUGUGUUUGUCGUCAGCUUUGAAAACAAAAAAACGCUUUUCUUUCACGCUUUAUUUGUAUGCGACUGAAUAUACAUACGUGCAUGAGGUUUGUUCCAGUGUUAGGGCCGCCCUGAAAAACAGUAACGCUUUAGAAAUCCACAACUAGAUGUACAAGAACAUGGUCAAAAUAUCAUAAAAAUACUCGUAAAGGCAAGAAAACAGUACAUUUAUAAGAAUAAAGGCACGAUAUUAAGUGGGGGAAAAAAAAGUUGGAAUUUUAACAAGAAAAAAAUCACAAUCUUCUAACAAUAAAGUCGCAAUAUUUGGAGCAUAAACAUGUUCUCAUAAUAAAGGAAAACUGGACUUCGAAAGAGAGAAAAACGGCUUGCGUGAGGGUGCUAACAAUGCACGUAAUGGGACACGCCUAUGUCGACUACAUAGCCCUCGAAAUAAACCUCAAAAACCCCAACAAUGUUCCAUUUGCAUAACAUGAACUGCAUAUUAGCCAAGCUACAGCGACAUCGUUAUUGUAGGAGCUAACACCGAAGAACUACUUUUCUGGCGUAGUGACACAGCGCCUCACAUCACUACCGAGAGGUAACGGGCCCACUCCAAAACAAUGCGAUAGGACACCAAUCUAUACUGACUGGGAAUCAAGAACAAGCAUGUGACAAAUCACGACUAGACAACCUUAGCCCACAUUUCGUGUUUUGUUUGUACACGGCUAGAUGGACUGUGUAUAUAGCUGUGAUAUCAAGCACUAUGUGCUCCAUGUAUCACAAUCAAUAUCAUGCUGACUUACUCCAUGGACAGUUGUCCGUCUGGUCCAGCUGGCCUGGGGCGUCUUUUCCACUUAUGCGAAAAAAUGUUUGUACCACCGCAGGGUUUGUUGUCCAUUUCUGUCCACAUGGCUUGGCAAGCCCCACAUUUACACCACCAAGUCAUUCCGGUUCUGACUCUCUCGGCCCUGCCGUCUACUCCCACGUUUCACUCUCUCUUCUUGCCCGCUCGGCUUCUAAAACCUGUAUCUCAUCCUCCGUAUAAUCAGGCUCAAAAAGAUAAGGUUCUGGAUCCUCAUUUGUUCACAAGUGGUCAUUGGUGGCGGCUUCACAAAGUCUACCGUGAUUAGUAGUAGCAAACAGACACACCUUUUCUAUCCUGCGAAGUGUAACCCGCCCUGUUUCGCACCGCCCGCACCGGGGGCUCGGACACAGGACCUUUGUAAUGGGAGACGAGAGCGCUGACCACACGGCCAAAAGCCCGGACUGUCGACCGCGUGUUCAGCGCAGCCCUCAAGGCAGAGGGAGUGAGGUUAACCAACGUACACUUGCACAGCCUCACAGGCUUACAGAAGGCUCUGUGAAAUCAAUGCGCCCAUUAAAGAAAUUACGUUAAUGCUUUAAAUGAUGAAAAUACGACAAAAUACUGUAUUACAUGUUACCAUGAAUGUACCUGUUACUGCAUGGUCACAGCAUGUAUUUAAAACUAUAAAAUGGCGUUGGAGGUUUUUUUAGAGGGCUUUAUAGUUGAAAUAGGUGUGUCCCAUUACAUGCAUUAUUUGCUCCCUCAUGCUAGCUGGUUUUCUCUUUAGAACGCACGGAAAAGGGUCAAAUGUGUGUUCAUGUUUCACAUAAGGUAGUGCGUUGAACUGUCGGGGGGGGGGGGAGUACUUUCAGUGUGAGUGCAGACCUGCCAACAUGUACAAAUUUAUAGUACUCAACAUGCUCUUUGACUGUUGAAUACGCUUGUAUGCUUCACAGCGCUCCAUUAUGUUACAUUUGCCUGGUUUCACUUUCUAGUUCAGUCUGUACAGGACAGAUUAAUAAAUAGUCAGUUUCUCAACAGUACUUUAAAUCGGGGGGGUGUGAAAACAUUUCUGUCCCCUGGGGGGGGCAUGACAGAAAAUAAUUGAAAAGCACUGACAUAAGGAAUGUGGAUGAUGAGCACAAUUUAAAAAGAGAAAAAAAAAGUGCAGUUUUCCUUGAAGACUUUUUUUCCCCCUCGUAACUAGGCCUUUUAUUCUCCUUACAUUCCAACUUUUCCCCACUUAAUUCUGGUGGAUUUUCUUUUCUUUUCAGGUGGGCCCUAAUACUCCUUUACAAAUAACAAACGUGGCUUGUGUGCUUUGGGGGCUUUGUGCAGGAAGACUUAACUUUUACUGGUUUGUUUGAAUUAGACUGAAAAGCAGAAUUCGUGACCACACUCACUCGAGCCAAAAUGAUCCAAAGAGUAGUGACGUUUGGAAAAGUCCAUACGACGUUUAAUGUGCUGUUUGCCGUGUCUGUCAUCAGUGUGUAGUGAGCGCCAUCAAGCAUUGGCAGAGCGCUGUGCCUUACUGUCAUUCACAGGCCCUGGACUUCUCGCCCACCCAUACACAUGAUGUGGUUCUGUGGGUCACUGUCAGCUUCUAUCUUCCACGUCUUUCUUCUCCUGGUUGUUAAAUUCAAAUCUUGUCAGCUCUGAUUUGUCUUGACUUGCGUUGUCCUCUCCCAAAAUGUGUCCGUACGAUCCUUUUUAAUCGGCCUCGAGUUCGCCUCCUGCUGCUCGGCUGAGGUACGUUUGGGUGAGAUGAGACAGCGCUCCCACCUCGACUGGCAAAUUAACAAAUCUAUGUUGCGUUUAUUUGUUCCGUUUGACUCCCGAGUCCAUGGUUGCAACGUGUACAAGACGAGAGCAAAGUCACAUGCUUUGUUGUGAUGCAUUUUGUUGUUGUUUUUUUAAUUUACCUCCGUUCUUGUUACUAAUUUGUUCCUAAAGGUCCGACAAAAACUGAAGCAAAUUUUCCCACAGAAAAUAAUGCAAAUCCAAUUAAUCCAUUCCAGAUACCCCAAAAUAGUAUCAAAAAGUACAUUUUACAGAGAAUAAUUAUAGUUUUACAUGCAGAAUACAAUGCGGAAUAAUAAUAAAUGACGAAUGACAUGAACACAUGGAGGAAAGAGGUGGUGGCAGCUUCAUACGUUCACCUUAUUUAUCAAUUCCUGGCACUCACGACUUUCUUUGGGCCCAUGGCGUGUUAUUUUGCAGUUGCACUCAGUAAAAAAAAAAAAAAAAUGCACAGACAGUGAGUCAACAACGCAUUGGGCACUUUGGUCGGGCACUCCACAAUAACCAAGACAGUCUAUGAAAACCGAGGCAAUUAUUCAUUAUGGCAAAAAUGAUGGUCAAAAACCGAAUCAUACGAAAACUGGGGCAGUUCAAAACAGAAGUUUGACUGGUUUUGGAAGCGAGAAAGCGAACUAUAUGACUGAAAGCAUGAAAGGCGGCAACUCUUUUCCCAGCCUGUGUGUGGCGGCCUCGUUUUAUUUGUAUGCGCUGCCAUGCUUCUCAAAGGUAUCUUGCAUACUCAAGCAGUGUAAACAAUACGGUAAUUCUCAGUAAGAAUCGCCUUCAAGUUUAAUGAAAUAUGGUGAGCUCUUCAGUAGCACAGUUUCACUCGCCGGUCCGAACGGCUAAGCUACUUCCUGUUUACCUUCUAGCGACCAAUAAGAGAAGAGAAGGAUCUCACGUGGUUUUCAUGCAGCGCGUGUUGGUUUCAGACCAAGUUUACUAGCUCAUCAACUGAUUCGGGGUGGAAACGCAGAGUCAAAAGAUAUUGUUUGGGGGGGUUUUUUCACCCCCAAAUUUCACUCUCAGACAAUACAGUAAUGGUCAGUAGAAAUUGCCUUCAAGUUUAGUGAAAUAUCGUGAGCUGUUAAGCAGCACAGUUUCACUCACCGCUCCGAACGACAAACCUACUUCCUGUUUACCUUCUAGCGACCAAUAAGAGAAGGAUCUCACGUGGUUAUCAUGUGGCACGUGUUGGUUUCAGACCACGUUUACAAGCUCAUCAACCAAUUCGGAGCGGAAAAGCAGACUAAAAAGAUAUUGUUUUGAGGGUUUUUCACCCCCACAUUUCUCUCUCAAGCGUUUCACCUGACACAUAUCCGUGACACCUCAUCCCUUUGUCGUCUUCCUCUCGUCUUUUUGAGUCCUUCUGUUCUUUCAUGAUGAGUGUGAAUCGUUCUCGUGAAUGUUGUUUCUUUCCCAAAAAAAAGAAGGCAAAUUGUGGCAAUGUAUUUGGAAACAGUCUGUGAUUAUCUGAAGGGAACAGCUGUUAAUGAUGCUUCUUCUAGUCAACUCUGACCACCAGGGGGCGCGUGACUUCAACAGCAGAGCACUCUGAAUAGGAUGUUUCCGUUUUUUUAAAGGAUGAUUUUAAAUUAUUAUUUAUGAGGAACUGUUGAUUUUAUUACUUUCCAUGACUGUAUUUUGAUCUGUGUGAUUAUUUAAUGGGAUUAAUUCAUGCUUGAGUUGUACGACAAUCUGCUGCAGUCACAUUUGGAUUCAGAAAUAAGUUUCAUUAAUGAUGCACAAUGGAGAUGAACUGUCUCUUUAGAAUAUAUUUACUGGUUUGCAAAGCCAGGUUUCCAAAACUACUGCAGCUGCAGUGAAAGGGAAUUGAUGUGUUUAGGUUGUGAUACCUGUUGUAACCGCAGGGGGCGACAGAAUCUACAAUGAGGGAUUAUGAAGGGACACAAAUGAGUGAAAAACGUUUGUAACAUCUCAACCUGGACCUAAAAUAUAUUCACCCUGUGUGUUUUAUAUUGUUUUACUUACACGUAACACACACAAGACUUUAAUUUGGUCCAAUUUGUGAAAAGUUCCCACACACACUUGUGUCUCGGCUCACUUGUGGCUCAAAUUGACACGUCGCAACCCCAUUUUUGCCCUUUUUGUUUCGUAUCUGUCCCUCCAAGAACGCUGAAAAAGGGGUGGAAAGCAGGUGUGCAGAGUGCAUAACCUGAAAAGGUCGAGGUGUGUGAGGUGUGUUGCGAGACACGCCGAUGUCCUCUUAUCUGCCGUAUAGUAUGUCUGGAGAAAACAAGAAAAGCUGUGCUGAAAAAUGAAGAAAUCAUGAAUAAAAACGAUUUCAAUUGU